AUGCUAGCUCACGACCUUCCAUGUGAUUUGAUAGAGGAGAUACUUUGUCGCGUUCCGGCUACAUCUCUGAGGCAUUUACGAUCUACUUGCAAACAAUGGAACUUAUUGUUCAACAACCGGAGAUUCACAAGAAAGCACUUCGAUAAAUCCCCAAAGCAGCUUAUGACUCUCAUGUUGAACGAGUCUAUGGUUUGUUCGACGAGAGUUAAUCUCAAUGGAGUUCCAGAGGUCACAAGCGAACUUAGCCUAGUUGACCCUCUUUAUAGUAGUUUAAUAGAUCAUGAGUUCGAUAUUUAUGAAGUCUUUCACUGCGACGGCUUAUUAUUAUGCAUCAACGAAGACAACACUAGACUCGUGGUCUGGAACCCGUGUACUAGUCAAGCUAGGUGGAUCCAACCCAAAACACGUGUCAGCAGCCAUGCUCUUGGAUCCUACCAUGGUAAUAGCUAUAAAGUAUUGAGCUACCACCCUGACUUCGCAAUCUUUGAGAAUAACUCUAAUUCAUGGAGGAGUCUUGAUAUCACCCCCGACUGCACCAUAGAAGAUUCUGAACAGUUCAUGUCUUUGAAAGGAAAAACGUACUGGUUUGCUUGUGAUAAAAAAGAUGAGCGUCCCAUCAGCAUAUUCUUACUCAGUUUUGAUUAUACAAGUGAAACGUUUGAACGUCUACGUCUUCCGUGCCAGAGUUUUCUCUAUGAAACUAUGUCUAUGUCCGUUGUUAGAGAAGAGAAGCUUUCUGUGUUGUUACAGCGAGAUUAUACGUCAAGGACAGAGAUAUGGGUGACAAAUAAGAUUGGUGAGACCAAAGAAGUCUCGUGGAGCAUGUUCCUAGCACUGGAUUACUCGCCAGCUGGACUUCAUCUUCGGGAUACCGUAAGUUUUUUGGUCGAAGAGGAGAAGAAAGUCAUCGUGUGUUGUGAUAGAUACUUGGAAGAUGAAUUCCACGGCAAAAAGUUGAUUCACAUUGUUGGAGAGCAAAAUCAAGUCAGAGAAUUUGAUUUUGGAGAAGCCAAACAGUGCCCGAUUUUGUUUAAUUAUGUUCCAAGUUUGACACAAAUCCACCAAGGUGUAGGUGUGGGAGGGAAAAGAAAAAGAGAUACAAUUAACGGACAAUAUGCUGGAAGAUGGUCCAAGCUUUUUUACAGAGUUUAGUGGUUUUGUUUUUGAUGGGCACAAGUUCUGUUGAUUUUAGUUUAGUGGUAUUUUUUUAUACUACGAAAUGUUUCAAGUGAGUUAUACAUACUUGUUGCUAUUGCAUUACUUUUCAUCAUUUUUUUGUAUCGUUAUAUGAUCAGGAUUCAGGAAAGAUCUCUCAGGUUCCAGAUCUUUCUUUGACAUAAUUUACAUGCAGGUUUGCAUGCUUCUUUAGCGUAAUAAAUUCAAAGAUAUAGAACACGACUGACCUAACUGAAUUAUGUACAAGAAUUAGUGAGACCCAAA